AGGGGCAGGGGAAAAAAAUACAACCAGCUUGAGGCAGGGGGAAAUAACUCCACCUAUAUAAGCAUGACUGUCCAGGUGUUACUGAAAUUAAUACACUCACAAGGAGCUACUGCACUGGCUUGAAUCAAAACCGAAAAAAGAAAACUUGGAGAAAGAGCAAACAACAUCUCGCCAGCCUGCCACAGACUUGGAAGCUGCUUCAACCAGAGAAAAAGAGAGAAGAACAAAAGAAAUACUACCAGCUCAAGCAUCAUUAUGAGAAUCCUUAUUUUUGUGUCAAUAUUCCUGGUCUUUAUUGCUGCAUGCUCAUGUUAUUAUGAAUCUCAUGAAAGCAGCGAAUCAAGGGAAAGAGGCAAGCCAUUUGUUACUGCACGGAAAGCUAAUUCAUUCAUAAAUCGAAGAGAGAAAAGCAGAUAUUAUGAAAGAAUGUCAGAGCAAUAUAAAAGUCCAUAUGAGAAGACCCGUGAGAAGUGUGAAGACUACAUCCCUUGUGACAACUAUGCUGCCCGGUAUGGCUACAGAGCUGCCAUACAACAUUACUUUAAUAAAAGAAAAUUUGAAUGAGAUCAGUCUGUAUAAAAAGCUUUUGCUUCUGAACAGUAUCUAUUUACAAAUGUGUGUGUAUGUAUACUACAUUUAUUUGUUCUUUUCUAUAAGCACUCUUGUACUUUAAUAACCACAGUCAUGUGUGUAAUGUUGCUUUCUGGAAAUCAAAGGGGGUCCUGCAAACUAUUUUGUUUCUUUAACAUUUGUAUUUGCAGGCUCAUACUGUUUAGGAAUCAUGGUGUUGAGCUUAUUUGAAUAAAACAUUACCAUUCCACUUAA